AAGAUAAAAAAGAUCAAAUGCAAUAUAUUGCAAAGGAGAUCAGAAUAAAAAAUGUGCCCGAGAAUCUCCAGAGAGAAAUACAAGCAGCGGUGGGUACUCUAACAAAUCUGAAACAUCCCAACAUUCUAAAGUGGAAACAGACACAUAAAGACAGGGAUACAAUGUGUGUAGUCAUGGAGUACUGCGAGGGUGGAGAUUUCUCCCAAACAAUUGCCAGGCAGAAAAAAACUCGCAGACGUUUCUCAGAGGAGCAGGUCCUGGAUUUGUUUGUACAAAUCUGCAUGGCCUUGAAAUAUCUGCAUGACCAGGGCAUUCCUCACAAGGACCUAAAACCUCAGAACAUUUUCUUGACCAAAGCUGGGAUAAUUCGAUUGGAUACAAGUGGAAUUACAAGAGGCCUUGAUAGCACUUUGGCAAGAUCAGAAUUGCAGUCACAAUAUUACACACCUCUGGAGAUUUUGGAAGGCAAGUCACAUGAUGAGAAAAGUGAUGUUUGGUCGUUGGGCUGUGUGCUGUAUGAGUUGUGCAUGCUGGAGGCUGCAUUCAAGAAAAUUGUUGAAGAACUCCAGCAAAAAGUGAAUGAGCUGGAAGACAUUCUUCGCCAAAUGGAGCGCAUGCAUUAUAAUACCACAGCGGGCAGUCUGACUGGAGGGGUAGUUGGUGCAACAGGGGGCAUCCUAUGCAUUACGGGUCUCAUUCUGGCCCCCUUCACUCUGGGUGCCUCUCUGAUUGUGACCGGGGUGGGAACUGGACUGGCUGUUGCAGGAGGGGUAACCGGUGCAGCCUCAAAUAUCACCAACAUGGUGAAGCAGUCCACUGUUCGCAGCACCAUACAGAACAUUAUGGAUGAGGUCCAGGAUAAGAUGGAUUUGUGUGUUGCAUGCCUCCAGAUCAUUGAUUAUGUUAGUGAGGCACUGAACGCGACCCAAUCCAUUAGUGGUGUGGAACCAAUGUCCUCUGGGAGAGGGGUAGGACAGGCUGCAGUUAGAGCCAGUAGGGGCCUUGCCGGUGUGGCAGAACUUGUCCGUCUGGUUAACGUCGUAAACAUUGGCAGGGUGGCAGCACAAGCAGCCAGAGCUGUGCGUGUGGCAGAGGCAGUUACAGGGGUACUUGCUGGCCUCUUUGUUGCUCUUGAUGUCUAUUUCAUCGCUAACGACUCCAGGGAGAUACAUGCAAUGAGACGGGAAGGUUUUGCAGCUACAUCAGAAUCACAAUCUGGCAAUGAGACAGAAAACGAAGAUGCCAGUCCAAAAUCAGAAACAAGGAAAUUCAUACAGAAGAUGAGGGAGGCGUCUGCUGAGCUACAGGAGUGUGUGACUGAGCUGUACAACAUCAGUUCUGAACUUCCUGAGAUAUAG